AACGCCCAAUUCCAACUCGUUUUCAACACUUUUCUUCUCCCGUACCGUCUCAUCAGGUCACGCUCACGAAAUAUCUGUCUUCUUUCCUUCUCUGGCUUAAAAAAAUGUCACUUUCACUACGCCUCGCAGAGAAUGAUUCCCUCCAGAAGGCCCAGGAAAACGGGUAUAAAGCGAUGCCCCCCGUCCCAAGGACUCCAAGGACUUUCUUUUCUUUUUCCUCCCCAAUUUCGCCCACCCACACACAUAGUCAUAAAUUUCGGCCUUAUUUCGAACAACAGAGAUCCUGAACAGUUAUCCAGCUAAGCUGUCACGACUCACAGCUCCUACCUAUAGGAACGCUAACAUCUCAUACCCUCACCAUUUCAUCGCUUUAAUUUUACAGAGAGAUAACAACGUCUUUGAAGCCGAUGGCGAGUGAAUUCGACUUUAUGAACCCGGCAGCAAACGAAUUCGCAAAUAUCAAGGAAGAAAACGCAGAUUCGAUGCGCAUUAAACUUGAGCCCGAGGAUGAUAUUCCUCUCCUCGCGCUCCCAUCUCCCCUCAUCAGUCCCUCGUCCUCUAGGGGAAUCUCUUCACCUGGCUUCGGUUCUGAAAUCAGGACCGAAGACGAGGUAUCGAGGCGCACUCGAGAACUGGCUUAUCAGUGUUAUAUGGCUUCUCUGGAGCAGAUGAAUAGCAGCAUCAAGCGCGAAGGCGAAGAAGACGUCUUCAACACCGACACCAACAUCGACACGGACGUGGAUUCCCUCUUCGGUUUUCCAUUGUCUCCUGCGCCAUCAUCACCAUGGCUUCGUCCCGAAGACGUAAAACAAGAGCCAGAGUCUGCUCCAGAAAGCCCAAUUUUCGAGGCGCCGCAGCCGACUUUUGCCUCGCCGGCCCCGGUAGCAUUCGAACCAAUUUUCGACUACGCAGAAAGCGUGCACGAACACGCACAACCCCACCUCCUCCGGCCGGAAGAAAUCGCCCUUCUCAACGCUGCCAUUGACUUCUACCCGGAGCAUCACUGGGGCCGGGAAUCGGCCGUGCAUGUGGACGAGCGGAUAUACGAGGCCCAACCAGAGACGACAACGGAAGUAACGGACCAUGCAAUCGUGGAGACGACAUAUGAAGCUGUGUUGACGCUAAGGCGGACCAGGAAGACCAAAUUUAAUCGACAAUCCCGCCGAACGUGGAUAAAUUGCCGCUUUAGAGACGCCAAUGGCAAUCAGCAGUACUAUCGCCGCGGAAGACGCGUACCGGUUACGCAGGAGAAUCCGACACCUUGGAAUCGACAAGGGUAAAUCCUAUAUCGCAUCAGUAUGCGAGGCGUUGGAAAAUGGAACUAGGGACGGAGUAUGGGCAUUUGGAACAGGAUACGUGGCGAGUCGCCAGGACUUGGAGCUCAGCACACAGCACGGCAUACAGCAUACAGCGAACUUGAUGGAGGGCGCACUAGAACGCAACUACAGCACAGCGGAGGAUACUUUAUAUUUUUUUGGGAGACGAUUGGGCGAGACAGCGGCGGAGAUAAACCAAGUGCAAUAGCGGUCAAUACCUUUGGCU